AUGGAGGAAGAAGGAAUUGUGUUCCGAGGUUGCCAGCUGCCGCCGGGGUUCCGGUUCCAGCCGACGGACCAGGAGAUCAUCGUAUGCUACCUCAGCAAGAAGGCCGCCUCCGCCGCCGCCGCCGUCACCUCCAUCAUCGCCGACGUCGACAUCUACAAGUUCGACCCGUGGGACCUACCAGAGAAGGCGAUGUUCGGCGAAGGGGAGUGGUUCUUCUUCAGCCCGAGGGACCGCAAGUACCCCAAUGGCGCGCGGCCCAACCGCACGGCGGGGUCGGGAUACUGGAAGGCCACCGGCACAGACAAGCCCAUCCUGGCUGCCGGCGGCACGCGCUGCCUCGGCGUCAAGAAGGCGCUCGUCUUCUACCAGGGCCGCUCCCCGCGUGGCACCAAGACGGAGUGGGUCAUGCACGAGUACCGCCUCCUCCACGCCGACUCCGGCGCCGCCCGCCACAGGCCUCACGACUCCAUGAGGCUAGAUGACUGGGUCCUGUGCCGCGUCCGCAAGAAGGGAGUCGCCGUCGCGCCGGACGCGGAUGGAGAAUCCGGGGCGCCGAGCCAGGUUGCUGCGCCAGCGGCGGCGGCCACGGGGGAGGUGCACGUGCCCAGCACUGCAUACGUCGGCUUCGGUGAUGACUGGACCGACGGCCAGCUCCUGCAGUACCUGAUAGGCGGCGGCUCCGGUCAGGUCGACGGUGGUGCAAGCGCUACCGGCAGGGCGCGCAGCGAGAGUGCACCGCAGGAGCUGGCGUCGGUGCUGGAGACCAUCAAGAGGAAUCUCUCCUUCCAUAAUGCCAUCGAAGACGACGACGUGUACCUCCUCCCGCCCAGCAAGCGGACCAACUGCAUGAGGGGCGCCGGCGACGGCGAAGAGGAGCUGUCGCUGACCACAUCGUCGUCCAUGUUCGAGCCAGAUUAUUAA